AAAAAACAUAAAAAUAGAAAAAUCAGAAAAAAAAAAAACAGAAGUUAGAAAAGACGAGAAGAGUUCAUCUGGGGAGCAGGGGAGCAAGAAGCUGCCACCGCCUCACCGGAAUCCACCAUCAUCGCCGUCAAAUCAUCACCGGAAAAGCACUGGCCUCUACGAAAACUUGAGCCAAAGGAAUCAAACUGGUGAAUUUCUGUAUACAUGUGAGAAGGACUCCGACCAGUCCAAAGCUGGUCUAAGCCCGUGAGUGUCGCCAGAAAGCUAAGAGAGACGGUUUAUGAAAUUUUCUAUUUCCUUUUCCUUUUCCCUUUAUUUUUGCUGUUUCUUGGCAUUUUUAUGUAUGUUAGUGUCUGAUUGUGAGUGGGAUUGUCUAUGUAAGAGUGCUGUUGUUUUUUUUUUGGGACUGGCCGGAGCUGAAGUUUCCGGCAUUUCUCGUUGAAGAGGAAGCCACGAAGUAGCAGCCAAGGGCCUGUUUCGUUUCAUCGUUUGGAGAAGAUGACAGGUUUAUGGAACUGCAGCAUAAGUCUCCCACUUUUCCCUUUUUUUGAAGAGCUAGUCAGAGAAAAAUGGGAGGAAAGAGAAAGGACUUCACCAGCACCACCAGUGUCCAGGGUACCGAGGACGGAGGCGAACAAAAGGUAAAGAAGAAAAAGGAGAAACUAGCGGUGGAUGGAUUGCUUCCGUCGACAAUAAAGAAUAAGGAGAAGAGGUCUGCCGUCCACGCCAAGCUUAAGCACCAGAAAAGGCUUGAGAAACGUAAGAGAGCCAAGGCUCGUGAAGCGGCCGAGCAGAGAGCUCUUGAGCUUGGCGAGGAGCCUCCUCCGAAGAAAAUCCCUCGCACAAUUGAAAAUACCAGAGAGCUUGACGAGACUAUUUGCAAGCCUGAUGAUGAAGAGCUAUUUGCUACAAAUGAUGCAGAUGAAUUUAGUGCAAUUCUGAAGCAGGACUGCCCUCCAAAGAUACUCAUAACAACUUGCCGCUUCAAUUCAACUAGGGGACCUGCUUUUAUAUCAGAUCUACUCUCUGUGAUCCCAAAUGCACACUAUUUCAAGAGAGGAACCUAUGAUCUUAAAAAGAUUGUGGAAUAUGCAAAAAAUAAGGAAUUCACUUCUGUUAUUGUUGUCCACACUAAUCGCCGGGAACCAGAUGCUCUAUUGAUAAUUGCAUUACCUGAUGGACCUACUGCCCAUUUCAAACUAUCAAAGCUUCUUCUGCGCAAGGAUAUCAAGAAUCAUGGGAAUCCAACUAGUCACAAACCUGAGCUAGUCUUGAAUAACUUCACAACACGCUUGGGACACCGUAUCGGGAGGUUGAUACAAUCGCUUUUCCCACAAGAUCCCAAUUUUCAUGGUCGUCGGGUUGUAACAUUUCACAAUCAACGUGAUUUUGUAUUCUUUCGCCAUCACCGUUACAUUUUUGAAACCAAAGAAAGUAAGCAGGCUGCAUCCAGUGGCGAAAAGAGCAAGGAUAAUAACAAUGAAAAAUGUGAGCAGAAAGUAAUUGCGCGACUUCAGGAAUGUGGUCCUCGUUUCACAUUAAAGUUAAUCAGUCUACAACAUGGAACAUUUGAUUCAAAGGGUGGGGAAUAUGAGUGGGUUCACAAGCCGGAAAUGGAUACUAGUCGCAGAAGAUUUUUCUUGUGAGAGAAAUGUUGUACUACCGGGUGAAUAGGUUUCAGUUUCAAGUUAAGAACAAGGUAAAGUGUAGCUUCCUGCGAGGAACUUAGGUUAGGUAUGAGAUGUUGAGUUUACAAAUUGUGUAUACACAUUGGUUAUUUAUCAGAUUUAAUGCAAGUUUUGGAGAUUUCCAGUUUGGUGCUGGCAGUCCUUUUUGUC